AGCAAUUUGAGAGUUAUUCAAAACCCAAUUCAAGAGUUUGCGAAAGAGAAUGGCUGCAAAAGAAGAAGAGUUUGUGUACAGAUCAAAGCUUCCGGACAUUUCAAUACCAAACCAUUUGCCAUUACACACCUACUGUUUUGAAAGAAUGGCGGAGGUGAAAGAGAGAGCGUGCAUUAUAGAGGGCUCCACAGGGAAAGUUUACCACUACGAGCAAGUGAAGUCAAUAAGCACAUGGGUGGGCGCUGGUCUGGCCAGACUCGGAGUUGGGCGGGGUGAUGUAAUAAUGAUUCUACUGCCCAAUUGCCCUGAAUUCGUAUUUACUUUCCUUGGAGCUUCUUUCAUUGGUGCCAUCACCACGCCUGCAAAUCCUCACUAUACUCCCGGGGAGAUUGCGAAGCAGGCCCAUGCCUCAGGAGCCAAGCUCGUCAUCACCAGGGCAACAUACGUGGAGAAGCUCAAUAAUGUGAACCAACAUCUUAUCAUUGUUACUCUUGAGGACCCGGCACCACAAGGAUGCGUGGCCUUUAGUGUUCUUCUUGAACAACAAGCCUGCGAAAUGGGAUUUGAAGUGGGACCGGAGGAGGUGGUUGCGCUGCCCUUUUCUUCUGGGACGACUGGGCUUCCCAAGGGUGUUAUGUUGACACACUCAGCGCUUGUUUCUACCGUUGCUCAACAGGUGGAUGGAGAAAACACUAACGUGCAUCUCCGCCCAGAUGACGUCAUGUUGUGCCUGCUGCCGCUUUUUCAUAUUUAUUCUCUUAAUAUGCUGCUUUGCUCACUCAGAAGUGGCGCUUCUGUUUUGAUUGUGGAGAAAUUUGAAAUGUGUACACUACUACGGUUGAUACAGAGUUUCAAAGUUAGUUUUGCACCUUUAGUGCCUCCCCUGGUCUUGGCCAUGGCGAAGAAUCCAGCGGUGGAGAAAUAUGAUCUUUCGUCUCUGAGAAUGCUCAUGUCAGGUGCUGCACCUCUUGGAAAGGAUUUGGAGGAGGCACUUCAAGCAAAGAUUCCCAAUGCGACUAUUGCCCAGGGAUAUGGCAUGACAGAAGCUGGGCCAGUAAUAGCGAUGAGCCUUGCAUUUGCAAAGGAACCAUUCCCAAUAAAAUCUGGUUCAGGGGGAACUGUCGUUAGGAACGCCCAGAUAAAGAUCAUUGAUUUGAGUACCGGACUCUCACUUCCUCACGGUCAAUCAGGCGAGAUUUGCAUUCGUGGCCCACAAUUAAUGAAAGGCUAUCUAAACAAUCCAGAGGCCACAGCCAAGACUAUAGACAAGAAUGGGUGGUUGCAUACAGGUGACAUUGGUUACAUUGAUGACGACGAGGAGCUUUUCAUUGUAGACCGUGUGAAGGAGCUCAUCAAAUACAAAGCCUUCCAGGUGGCUCCUGCAGAACUAGAAGCCAUUUUGGUGAAACAUCCCUUUAUAGCAGACGUGGCAGUAGUCGCACAAAAAGACGAAGCUGUAGGAGAGCUGCCAGUAGCAUUUGUGGUCAUAUCUGGUAACCAUGAAAUAACUGCCGAAGAGAUCAAGCAAUUUGUGGCCAAAGAGGUGGUGUUUUACAAGAAACUUCACCAUGUCUACUUUGUAGAUUCAAUUCCUAAAUCUCAGUCAGGAAAGAUAUUGCGCAAUCAAAUGCAAUCCAAAUUUCCAUCAGGAUGAUCAAAUAAUGUGAAUAGAUUGGAACAUUAUGGCUCUUAAUAGCAUAUUAUUAGAGCUUAGAUUUUUUAUAAAUGUUAACUAGAAAUACUUUUAAAUAUGGCUUUAAAUAGCAUAUUAAAUUACUUGUGGGUCAUAUUGAAGGUCA